AGGCACGCAGUUCUGUCCAAGGCAUUGCGAGGUGACAGACGGUGGGAAAGCUCGUGACGACUCCCCAAUUCGCACAAGCUGUGCUCGUCUCAAUCCCGUGCGCGGAGGUGGCGGAUUGCUAAAUCAAGAAGAAAACCCUCCAUAAAUCACAGAACCCCCCAAAAAAGAAAAAAAAAAGAAAAGCGUAAAGAAAGGAUGGAUCCUCAGAAAGUUCUCGAGUCGCUCGCCAGGGAGAAGGGCGUUUCUUUGACCAGCUUAGGGGAGGUGAGCUCCCACUUUUCGCACUCCGGCAAAAUAGCCUGCUGCGGCGGUCUCAUGACGCGGCUCGUCACGGAGAGCGCGGCGGACUCGACGGUGCUCCUACGGGACGGCAGCGGCGCCUGCUACUGUGCUCUUCACGGCGACAUCACCAGCCGCUACCCGGACGUGCUCACCACCGGGGCGAUGCUCCUCUUCACGGACAUUACGGUGCUCGUCUUGUCCUCCAAAGUGCCCCCGCUGCUGGUUGCCUGCUUGCAAAACUUGUCGGGACUGCUGCUCCCAGAUGAGGCAUCUUCCGCCGCUGCCGCCGCAGUAAUGGACACCGGCAACUCUAUGGCGCUUCCUGCAGAAGCUGCUUUGGACACUGCCGCUUCCGACACGUAUUUAUUCGAGUCUGCCAACGCGAAAGAUACGAGGACUGCUGGGGAGAUGAGAAGAGUACCGUCGAGAAGCCGCUUCGCACACCGAGAGAACGCCAAUAAGCAGUAUUCUUUAGCGGUCGAAGGGGCUGGCGAGAACGGUACGCCGAGUGCGGCACCUCUCUCUCCCUCGUCUGAUUUUCCCACCGGCAAUGACAGCAAUCUGCCACGGACGUCGAAGAAGGCGCGCGUGGAAGACGCAAUGGCUGUUCCGAGCGCAGACCGGGAUGACGAUGACGAUGCGGAGUGUUUGGAGUUGGUGGACGAGCUGUAG